CCGCUUCCUACUGACACUGGUGUCAUAUAUUCCCGAUCUGUACAUAUCCACUAAUGGCAACGCGAACUUCUAGCCGUCACGCUGCCCAAAAGGCGAAGGAGGCCAUGGCAGCUGCUCCGGAUAUCAAGAGAAGAGGGCCCCUUAGCACAAAGCGCAAAGGUUCCACUAAUAAAUCCCCUGAGCCAAAGAGGGAGAAGAAAAGUACUGAGGAACAAUCCGAGAGGGUCGAGAAGGAAGAACCUCAAACACCUGAGAAAGUAGAAGCUGAAGCGAAACCGGCUGUUCAGUCAGAUGAAAAGCGGGCGGAUGGGCCAGGGGCGAAGGAUCGAAAGCCUGAAGCUAAGGCAGAAGAAUCACCGCAGGAUAAUUUAGAGAAACCUCAAGACAAAGCUCGAGCAGAAACCCAGGAGGAACCUGAAGGGCGUCGUGAGGUUCCGGACAACAAACUGAAGGAUUCUUCAGACGAAAUGGAUGCCGGUUUGAAGACGACUGAGAAACGAGAAGAGAUUGUUCCAUCGAACAUCCUCGAGAAGGGCAUUAUUUACUUCUUCUACCGCGGUAGAGUGAAUGUCGAAGAGGCGCACGGUGUCCAGGAUGUAGCGCGGAGUUUCUUUAUACUACGUCCGACGCCAAUGGGAGCAUCAAUGGACAGUGAACGGGGGGCAGUGGAUUCCGGCGCAAAGUGUCGAUUGAUGAUGUUGCCGAAAAAGAGAUUUCCAAGAUCAGGAAAGGACAGGGAGAUGGGAUUUGUCGAGAAAGCGGGAGCUUCAGUGAAACAGCUGCAAGAAGAUUUCAUUGCUGGCGAUACUUAUGAGACUUCUACUCGUGGUACGCGUGAGAUUCCAGAGGCAAAACCAUAUGCGGAGGGUGUUUAUGCCAUGACCUCGACCAAGCGAGCAACGCACAUUGUCUACCAUAUCACACUGCCGGAGAGGCUUGGAGAAAUUCAAGAGGAUUUUGGACUCAGUGAACGCGGUAGCUGGCUUGUGCAGUCCAAAAACCCAAAGUUCCCUAGUCCCCCGUCUGCCCGUCUUCCGAAGGAGCCAGAAUAUCCAGAGAGCAUUCUAGAGGAAUUCGGAGAGCUUCGCUGGAUACCGGCCAGACCCGAGUUACUUGACUAUCCGAACGCCCAGUUUCUGAUGGUUGGUUCGGCAGCUGGAGACCUCGGGAAAGCCGCGACAGCUGAGGAAGGCGACAAGAGACCGGAAGAAGAGCAGCCUGAGGAAGAACUGUCAAAGAUGGAGGAGGAAAAUGAGGAGAGGGUUGAGUCGCUAGGUGGUGAGCACGCGAUCUACAAAGAUCUGGGAUAUCAUGCUCAGGAGAAAUACUCUAAGCUGGAGACCACUUGGAAGUAGGCACAGGGUGCCGGUAAACUACUGACUCGUGCGAUCGCUCGUGGGAGACAGAGCUGCCAAUUAAGAAUGCAACGUAGUUCAACGCAGUGAAGGAAUGGCAUCUUAUCUCCAUCA